AUGGUCCCAAAUGAUGAAAACCAGUACAUGGGAAUUAUCCGUUUGCUUCUACACUUUGGCUGGACAUGGGUGGGUCUUUUUACAGGAGAUGAUGAUAGUGGAAAAUAUUUCUUGCAAAGCAUGGAAGCAUUGUUUUCCCAGUAUCGAAUCUGUUUAGCCUUCGUUCAAGUGUUUCCACGCCAAGGCCGUGUCUUGUCCAGUGAUGAUAUGGGUACAUUUGGAAAUCUCCAUGUAUCUGUUAUGGAUCAGAGGGCCAGAGCAUAUAUCAUCUAUGGAGAUACCAUGAAUCUUAUGUGGUUAAUUAACUAUAAUAUUCUUCUAGUUUCUGAUGAUGCAUAUUUUGGGAAGGUGUGGAUCAUGACAGCUCAGAUGGAAUUUGCAGUAACAGGAGUGACCAGACGGAUGGAUUUUCAAAUGUUCCAGGGUGCCAUAUCCUUCGCAGUUCAUUCCAAGCAACCUCAGGAAUUCCAGAUGUAUCUUCAGAAGAAAAAUCCAUACAAGCCUGAAGGUGAUGGUUUUGUCCAGUUGUUCUGGGAACAGGUUUUUGAAUGUUCAUUUCCAAACUCUGGGGAACCAUUGGAGCAGGAUGAACUAUGUACCGGGAAGGAGAACCUGGCUAAGCCUCCUCAAUCUGUUUUUGACGUGAGAAUGAAUGGCCACAGCUACAGUAUUUACAAUGCUGUCUAUGCGGUAGCCCAUGCUCUUCAUGCAAUGCACUCAUCAAAGACUAAAUACAGAGUAAGAAUGGGGGAGCAAAGAUCUGAGUUUGAAGACAUGCAACCUUGGCAGUUACAUGCAUUCCUUCAAGGGAUAUCAUUUAACAAUUCAGGAGAGAACAUUAAUUUUAAUGGAAAAAGAGAAAUUGUUGCUGGAUUUGAUAUAAUGCAAAUGAUUUUAUUUGCAAAUAACUCCUUCCGCAAAGUCAAAAUUGGAUGGUUGGAACCAAUGGCUUUUGAAAGAGAACAAUUCUUCAUAGAUGAUGAAAUUAUUGAAUGGCCAAGCUCCUUUAAUCAGGUAUGUCCUAUUUCUGUGUGUAGUGAUUCAUGCCCACCGGGGUUUCAGAAACGAAAGAAGGAAGGGCAGAAAUUUUGUUGCUAUGACUGUUCACCUUGUCCAGAAGGAAAGAUCUCCAACAAGACAGACACGGAUGAAUGUAUUAAGUGCCGAGAUGAUCAAUAUCAAAGCCAGAACAAUGACAGCUGUUUCCCCAAAAUAAUAACCUUUCUUUCCUAUGAAGAACCAUUAGGAAUGGGUUUAGUCUUAAUUGUCCUUUGUUUUUCACUGGUCACGGUCUUGGUGUUUAUUACUUUUAUUAAACACAGUGAUACAGCCAUAGUCAAAGCCAAUAACCGAGAACUCACCUAUAUUUUUCUUUCCUCUCUCCUGCUCUGCUUCCUCUGCUCUCUUUUAUUCCUUGGCCAUCCCCACAAAGUCACUUGCCUCAUUCGUCAUGUUGCUUUUGGUAUCAUCUUUACUGUGGCAGUUUCUUGUGUGUUGGCCAAAACCAGCACUGUGGUUCUUGCUUUCAUGGCCACUAAACCAGGAUCCAAUGUGAGGAGGUGGGUGGGAAAAAGGCUGGCCAACACCAUUGUCCUUUCCUGCUCUCUCAUUCAAGCUGGCAUUUGUACUGCAUGGCUGGCCAUUGCUCCUCCAUACCCCAGGUUGGAUAUGAAAUCUCUGCCAAACAAGAUAAUAGCAGAAUGCAAUGAAGGCUCUACCUUUAUGUUUUACUUUGUUUUGGGCUACAUGGGACUUCUGUCCAUUAUCAGUUUCAUAGUGGCUUUCUUAUCUAGAAAUUUACCGGAUGCUUUCAAUGAAGCCAAAUUCAUCACUUUUAGCAUGCUCAUGUUUUGUAGUGUUUGGCUGAUUUUUAUCCCAACGUAUUUGAGUGCCAAAGGCAAAUACAUGGUAGGUGUGGAGAUCUUCUCCAUUUUGGCCUCUGGGGCUGCACUGCUUGCCUGUAUCUUUUUUCCAAAAGUUUAUAUUAUCUGGUUGAGACCUGAACUGAAUAAUAAGGAGGGAUUAAUAAGGACAAAGAAUGAACCAGUGAAAUUUGCAUGCUCUUAUAUAAUGUGUGACACGGAUGAAUGUAUGCAGUGCCAAGAUGAUCAGUAUCGAAGCCAGAGCAAUGACAGCUCUGGCAUUUGUACUGCAUGGCUGGCCAUUGCUCCUCCAUACCCCAGGUUGGAUAUGAAAUCUCUGCCAAACAAGAUAAUAGCAGAAUGCAAUGAAGGCUCUACCUUUAUGUUUUACUUUGUUUUGGGCUACAUGGGACUUCUGUCCAUUAUCAGUUUCAUAGUGGCUUUCUUAUCUAGAAAUUUACCGGAUGCUUUCAAUGAAGCCAAAUUCAUCACUUUUAGCAUGCUCAUGUUUUGUAGUGUUUGGCUGAUUUUUAUCCCAACGUAUUUGAGUGCCAAAGGCAAAUACAUGGUGACAAAGCUGAAAUCAGAUGCAGAAGACUCUUUUCUCCAGGAAAACACAUCUGCAAGGAUGGUGAAAUUCAUGGCACUGUUCCUUUUUCUAUCCCUUGAAGAGUGCCAAAGAGUGACCACAAAGUGCCCUCAAACCCAAUUCUUCACUGUUCCUCAUGACUGGUAUCAGCCAGGGACACUUCUCAUUGGUGGGAUGGCAUCUCAAGUCAUUUAUUUAUUUAAUGAAGUUUCCUUCAAAAAUAUCCCUUCACAAGAUAUUGGCUUUGAUCUUCCAAUGAUGCUGACCAAGUUCUACCAGAAUUCUUUGGCUUUGGCAUUUGCUGUAAAUACAAUCAAUAAGUCGCCAACAAUUUUGCCAAACAUCACAGUGGGAUUCCACAUCUAUGACACCUACUAUGAUCAGAGGAUGACCUAUUACAAUCUUCUCAAUUUGCUCUUUAAAUUAUUUCCUAAUUAUGCAUGUGGACUCCCUAAAAACUUAAUUGCUGUUGUGGGAGGUCUUGCAUCUGACACCUCUUUUCACAUGGCAGAUGUUUUAGGACUCUACAAGAUUCCACAGGUAAAGGCAAAAUUUUUAAUUUUAGCAAAGGGAAAUUGA